UAUUGUGGAAACUGCUGUAGUUGGAAGCUCGACUCCUAUUUUCACGAUCGGUGUGUAGUCUUUCAAACGGCGACGGCGACGACCGACCUACGUGCACUUACCGGAAAGAAGAGAUAAGCAUUAUCUUCUACCACUGUUAGCUGUUUCUUGAAUCUUGAAGAUGUAAAAUCUACAUAUAUUAGUUUUUCUAAGCUAAUUAUGACGAAUAGUAAUGCUACUGAAACGGAGAAUUUUGGACGACAGCUAGAUGAAAUUUCUAGCAAGGUUGAUAAGCUUGGGCAAAAGGUGCAUGCCAUUGAGAAUUUCUACAUUUCUACAAAUGAAAACCGGCUCAGCACUUCCAGUAUUGGUUCAGUUUUGAAGGACAAACAGGUUCCUAGCUUGAGGAAACAACAGAAAGAUGCCAAUCAAAGAGAAGCUGUUGCAGCUAAAAAGAUGCAUGAUCUGAUGAGGCAAUUUGGCUCGAUAAUACGACAAAUAACUCAGCACAAGUGGGCAUGGCCCUUUAUGCAGCCUGUUGAUGUUGAAGGUCUUGGGUUGGAUGACUACUAUGAGGUUAUUGACAGACCUAUGGACUUCAGUACUAUAAAGAAUCAAAUGGAGGCCAAGGAUGGAACUGGUUAUAAGAAUGUCCGUGACAUUUUUGCUGAUAUGAGGCUAGUGUUCGACAAUGCAAUGCAGUAUAACGAUGAAAAGAGCGAUGUUCAUUUGAUGGCGAAGACUUUGUCAGAAAAAUUCGAAGAAAAGUGGCAACUGUUUUUGCCAAAAGUUAUGGAAGAGGAGAAAAGACGAGAAGAGGAGGAAUCAGAAGCUCAGAUAAAAAUGACACUUGCUCAGGACGCUGCAAAUGGAAGAAUAGCGAAGGAUUUAAGAAACGAGCUUUGUGAUAUGGAUAAUCAUUUGGAAGAACUCUGCAAAAAAUUGGUUCAGAAAUGCAGGAAAUUCACUAUUGAAGAAAAAAGGAAUAUUGGGAUUGAUUUAACCAAAUUGUCUCCUGAAGAUCUCAGCAAAGUUCUGGAUAUAGUAGCUCAGAAUAACCCUAGCUUUCUUGUGACGGUUGAAGAAGUAGACCUCGACAUUGAUUCUCUGAGCGAAUCCACAUUGUGGAGGUUGAAGUUUUUCUUAAAGGAGGCACUCCAAGUUCCUGUCAAAUGUUUGAAUGAUGAUGCCAAUACUGCAGCAACAACUCACAUUGAGCCUAAGGGCAUUUCUGUGAAAGCGAAGAAGCGUAGGAAAAAAGAUAUCCCUGCAUGACUUUUUUGGCUUACAAGAGUGGUUCAUGUUUUUUUCUAGAAAUUUAAUCACUUAGAAUUGAGCUUAUGCCUCCACUUUGUUUGAUC